UACGAAUUAAAAAAAAGUCAGCAAAGCAACAGUAAAAAUAAAAAAAACAACAACAACCAAUAAUCGAUAACAGUUAAUCGCAACUUGUGAACGGCUAAUCGAUAACUUAUCGAUAGCAAUCAGCAUAGACAGACAGACCCAUACACGUACACACGUACACACACACAGACGCAGGCCAGAGAUGGACUCGCUGGAGCGUCUAAUGCGCGCCGCCCCACUGCCCCGCAUGCUGACCAGCGGGGUGGUGGCAACGGCCGCCGCUGCCGCUGCCAGCGCCGCUGCUGGCGUCAAGGGCGUCGUCGGCAUCGCCGGCCAGCAGCAGCAGCAGCAGCAGCGCGCCCUGGUCCAUGCCUCGCUGGCCGCAGCCACAGUGGGACGCAAGGGACGCCAUCUGACCGGGACAUUUUGCCUGACCGGCGAUACCAUGGAGGGCAUCAUACAGUGUUUGGUAUUUCUCAAAGCAUUCUCGCUCGUCGGCGGUGAAUUCGAUAUGGAAUUGAAUUUUGUGAUACAGGAUGCGCAGAAUAUAAAGCAUAUGCUGGAGCUGUUGGAUCAUUGUCCGCCCAAUUUGCAGGCCGAGAUCUGGAGCGUUUUCAUUGCGAUUCUGCGAAAAAGCGUUCGCAAUCUGCAGGCCUGCACAGAUGUGGGACUCAUCGAGCAUGUUCUGGUGCGAUUGCAGCGCUCCGAAACGGUUGUGGCAGAUCUGCUCAUCGAGAUGCUGGGCGUAUUGGCCAGCUAUAGCAUAACGGUCAAGGAGCUGAAGCUGCUCUUUGGCACGAUGAAGGCCAACAAUGGCAAAUGGCCGCGUCACUCGGCCAAAUUGUUGAAUGUGCUGCGACAAAUGCCGCACCGCAACGGACCCGAUGUGUUCUUCAGCUUUCCCGGCCGCAAGGGAUCGGCAAUGGUGCUGCCGCCGCUGGCCAAGUGGCCAUACGAGAAUGGAUUCACCUUCACCACCUGGUUUCGAUUGGAUCCCAUCAACUCGGUGAACAUUGAGCGCGAGAAGCCCUACCUCUAUUGCUUCAAGACAUCGAAGGGCGUUGGCUAUACGGCCCACUUUGUGGGCAACUGCCUGGUCCUCACAUCGAUGAAGGUCAAGGGCAAGGGCUUUCAGCAUUGUGUCAAAUAUGAAUUCCAGCCACGCAAGUGGUAUAUGAUUGCCAUUGUGUACAUAUACAAUCGUUGGACAAAAAGCGAAAUCAAGUGCCUCGUAAAUGGACAACUGGCGUCUUCAACUGAAAUGGCCUGGUUUGUUUCCACAAACGAUCCCUUUGACAAGUGCUAUAUUGGCGCCACGCCCGAGCUGGACGAGGAGCGCGUCUUCUGCGGCCAAAUGUCGGCGAUUUAUCUGUUCAGCGAGGCGCUGACCACACAGCAGAUCUGUGCCAUGCACCGCCUGGGGCCGGGCUAUAAGUCGCAAUUCCGCUUCGAUAACGAGUGCUAUCUGAAUCUUCCGGACAAUCACAAGCGGGUGAGUCACUUUCAACUAACAAGCAGUUUGGGUGGUGCGCUGCUGGUGGGCGGCGAUGCUGCCGCAGCGAGCAGCAGUGGCAGCAGCAACAGCAACAAUAACAACAGCAGCAGCGGCAGCGGCAGCAACAACAACGCCCAACAGCUGCAGCAACAGCAGCAGCAACUGUUGCAGCUGCAAUUCCAAACGCUCGCCGCCGAGCAGGAGGCGAGCGCCAUCGAUUGGUCCGACGAGCGGCUCGACCUGAGCGCGGCCUUUGUCAAGAUACGAGCGGUGCUCACCGCACGCAAUGCAGUUGCCUUGGCAUCGCUAACGGGUGCAGGUGCUGCUGCAGGUGCAGCAGCAACAACAACAACAGCAACGGCAACGGCAGCUGUUGCCGCCGCAGCAGCUGCAGCGGCAAACGCCCCUGGCACGCCCAACGAUGGCAGCAGCAGCAACACCGAACAGCAGCAACAACAAUCAAACAGCAACAACAGCAACAACAGCAACAACAAUAACAACAGUAGCAACAAUCACAGUGCGGAUGAUCCGCUUGGCCAUUUGCCCACUGGAAAUGCUUCUUUUGACCAGCUGCGUCGCAUGUCCAGCUUGACCAGCCUGAGCUCCAUGGGCGUGGCCGGCGCCGCUGCCAUCGCCGGCGACACUGAGGAGAUCAACCAGCUCAAAGCUGUGCUGUACGAUGGCAAACUAUCGAAUGCCAUUGUCUUCAUGUACAAUCCGGUGGCAACCGAUGGUCAACUUUGUUUGCAGUCUUCCCCCAAAGGAAAUGUUUCAUAUUUUGUACACACACCGCACGCGCUGAUGCUGCAGGACGUCAAGGCGGUCGUCACGCAUUCCAUCCACUGCACACUCAACUCGAUUGGCGGCAUUCAGGUGCUGUUUCCGCUCUUCUCUCAGCUGGACAUGGCGCACGAGGGCAUAAGCGAUAUCAAGCGAGAUCCGACGCUCUGUUCAAAGCUCUUGGGCUUCAUCUGCGAACUGGUGGAGACAUCGCAGACUGUGCAACAGCACAUGAUACAGAAUCGAGGCUUCCUCGUGAUAUCCUUUAUGCUGCAGCGAUCGUCGCGCGAACAUCUGACACUGGAGGUACUGGGCUCGUUUCUCAACCUGACCAAGUACCUGGUCACGUGCCUGUCGGCCAACAGCGAUCUGCUGCUCAAGCAGCUGCUCGACCACGUGCUGUUCAAUCCAGCCCUGUGGAUCUACACGCCGGCCAAUGUACAGGCACGCCUCUACUCGUACCUGGCCACCGAGUUCCUCAGCGACACUCAGAUCUACAGCAAUGUGCGGCGCGUCAGCACCGUUCUCCAGACAGUUCACACACUCAAGUAUUACUAUUGGGUUGUCAAUCCGCGUGCCAAGAGCGGCAUCAUACCAAAGGGUUUGGAUGGCCCGCGACCGGCUCAGAAGGACAUCCUGGCCAUACGCGCCUACAUCCUGCUGUUCCUCAAGCAGCUCAUUAUGAUCGGCAAUGGCGUCAAGGAGGAUGAAUUGCAAAGCAUACUCAACUAUCUGACCACCAUGCAUGAGGACGAGAAUCUGCACGAUGUACUGCAGAUGCUCAUCUCGUUGAUGUCGGAGCACCCCAGCUCAAUGGUACCUGCAUUCGAUGUAAAGCACGGCGUGCGCAGCAUCUUCAAGCUGUUGGCGGCCGAAAGUCAAUUGAUACGCCUCCAGGCGCUGAAGCUGCUCGGCUUCUUCCUCUCGCGCAGCACACACAAACGUAAGUACGAUGUCAUGUCGCCGCACAAUUUGUACACGUUAUUAGCGGAGCGUCUGCUGCUGUACGAGGAGUCGUUGUCGCUGCCCACAUACAAUGUGCUCUUCGAAAUUAUGACCGAGCACAUAUCACAGCAGAUAUUGUACACGCGCCAUCCGGAGCCAGAGGGCCAUUACCGUCUGGAGAAUCCAAUGAUACUGAAGGUGGUCGCCACGCUGAUUCGCCAGUCGAAGCAGACCGAGUCCCUGAUCGAGGUGAAGAAGCUCUUUCUGCAGGACAUGACGCUGCUGUGCAAUAGCAAUCGGGAGAAUCGUCGCACCGUCCUCCAAAUGUCCGUCUGGCAGGAGUGGCUCAUUGCCAUGGCCUACAUCCACCCGAAGAACACCGAGGAGCAGAAGAUCAGCGACAUGGUCUACUCGCUGUUCCGCAUGCUGCUGCACCAUGCCAUCAAGCAUGAGUACGGCGGCUGGCGCGUCUGGGUGGACACCCUGGCCAUCGUCCACUCGAAGGUCUCCUAUGAGGAGUUCAAGCUGCAGUUCGCCCAGAUGUACGAGCACUACGAGCGACAGCGCACCGACAACAUCACCGAUCCCGCCCUGCGUCAAGCCCGCCCCAUCAGCACCAUCAGCGGCUGGGAGCGCGAGGAGCUGCAGCAGCAGCAGAACGGCCCAGUUGCACCUCAGCAACAGCAGCAACAGCAACAGCAACAGCAGCAGCAGCAGCAGCAGCAGCAGUUGCAGCAACAGCAGCUUCCGGCUAUAAAGAGCGCCGUGUCUGUGGCCUCGCUGGAGGAUGUGCCACCCGUCGAGGAGGAGGCCGAGGAGCUGGAGCUAGACAGCGUCGAGGUCGACGCGCAGGAGCUGCAGCUGAGCGAAGAAGCUGCCGCAACGCCUGCCGACUCCUGCGCCUGCGCAGCCAACGGGCAGCCAGCCGAGGCGGCUUCCAUGGAGGCGACUGAGCAGCAGGAGCCGGUCAACAAAUCGGUGAUUGCCAACAUUUCGGAUGUGUACAAUGAGCAAAUCAAAACGGAUGAGGCGCUGCAAAGCGCUCCGGCGGCGGCCACGUGCAACGGCAGCCUGAGUCCCAGUCCCUCGGAGGAGAAGCAGCAGGAGGCCGGGCAGCAGGCAGCUGUCGGUGGCCAGGCGGCGCUCAAGAAGAUGCUGCAGAUAGAAGAAGAUCUGGAGGAACUGGAGCUGGCGACGGCCAAGGAUGCGCUCGAUGUGGACCGGCAUGUGGCCCAGGUGCUGCAGGUGUCGGAGGCAGCAUUGAAUGACUGCAAAAUGGUCGUAGACGAUGUGCUGCAGGAGUCCUCGUCGGUGCUAAAGGACGAGGAGAUCGAGCUGGCUGUCAACGAGGUGGUGCAGGGUGUGCUCAAGAGCGAGAAGAAGAUGCCGGCACAGGACAAUGUGAGUCUGCUCAACAGCAAGAAUCUGCUGAACAACAACAACAACAAUAACAGCACCAGCGAGCCAGAGGAGCUGCAGCAGCAGCAGCAGCAGCAGCAGAAGGAGAAGGAGACGGAGACCACAGCGACAGAAGCCGAGGUGAAUGCUAAUGAAAUAAACAGCGACAAGUCAACAACAGCCACAACAGCGCAGCUGGAGAAGAGAGACGGCCCAGAGGGCUCCGAGCAGGAGCAGGAGCAGGAGCAGGAGUCGUCGAACACAGCAGCAACCACCAAUCAAAAGACUGAAGAUGCGGCCAACAAGCUGAACAACAACGAGAAACUGGAGCUCAGCAACAGCUCCAGCCCCAGCUCCAGCUCCAGUGCCAGCGCCAGCGCCAGCUCUAGGUCCAGCUCCAGCCAAAUGCCAGCAGCCAGUGUCGAGCAGGAGCUGAGCUCAAUGCUGAGCAGCGAGGAGCUAACGGAGUCGACGGCAAAGGCGGGUCUGGUGACCGCAGAGCCCGAGCUGGCUGACACGACGGAGGAUGUGGUGGCCACAGCGGUGCGCGACAUUGUUGAGCAGCUCAUCGACAAGGUAAUCGAUGCAGCCGAGGCGGAAACGAAAGCCGCAGCCGCAGCCGCAGCUUCAGCCACAGCUGAAACCGCGACAGCGCCCGAUAUCGAAAGCGAAACCAAAACCCAGACCCAGACCGAGAGCGAGACCGUAACUGAAACUGAAACCAACAACAAUGAGGUGCAGAAGGAAACCACAAAGCAGACAGCCGCAGAAGCCGAGCCCAAGCCCGAGCCCGCGACAGGGAAAGAGACAGAGAGAGCGACAGAGACAGAAACAGCGCCAGCAACAGAGACAGAGAAGGAUGUGGAAGAGGAGCAGGCAAGCUUAGCCGCCGCCGCCGCUGAGGAAAUAGUUCAUGAGGUGGUCGAAACGGCGCUGGAUCUGGCCGAGGCACAAGCUCAGCCCCAGGAAUCCGUCGAGGAUGAAGUGCCGGCCAUUGUCAAUGCAGUGCUGGACACGCUAGUGGAUGAGACCGUCAAGACCGUGGCCUCCGAGCAGACCACACAGACCUCACCAACCCCCGAAGAGCAGCCGGCGCACAUCGAGCCGCUGGCCAAGUCCGAGGAGUCGGCACCGAUUGCGUUGCGCUCGAAGCCCAACGAGGUGGACUCCACGACGCAAACAACGCCAAAGAUCGAGGCGGAUACACACAAGGGCCUCGACGAGCUGCCCGAAGCCGAAGCCGAUGCGGAUGCCGACGUCGAUGCCGAUGCGGAUGCGGAUGCGGAUGCGGAAGCCGAGGCCGAUAUCGAGGACGAUGCCCAGGACACAACCAACGCCGACGACGACGACUACGCCGUACAGCAGUCGCAGUCGCAGUCGCAGCCGGCAGCAGCCCCGUCCGCUGUCAGUGCAGAAGGCGCCGCUCAGAUGGAGGGCAAUCAUUAUGCUGCUGGCGGCACAGCCGGCGUGGAGGGGGGCAAACAGCAACGGUCCAAGUCCGGCUCGACUAGGCCCAUGUUCAGUCCGGGACCGACCCGUCCGCCGUUCCGCAUACCGGAGUUCAAAUGGUCCUACAUACACCAGCGCCUGCUGAGCGAUGUGCUCUUCUCCCUGGAGACCGACAUCCAGGUGUGGCGCAGUCACUCCACCAAGAGCGUCCUCGACUUUGUCAACUCGAGCGAGAACGCCAUCUUUGUGGUCAACACGGUGCAUCUGAUCUCCCAGCUGGCUGAUAACCUGAUCAUUGCCUGCGGCGGACUCCUGCCGCUGCUCGCCAGCGCCACAUCGCCCAAUUCCGAACUGGAUGUGCUGGAGCCCACACAGGGCAUGCCACUGGAGGUGGCCGUGUCCUUCCUGCAGCGCCUAGUCAACAUGGCCGACGUCCUCAUCUUUGCCACCUCGCUGAACUUCGGCGAGCUGGAGGCCGAGAAGAACAUGUCCAGCGGCGGCAUCCUGCGCCAGUGCCUGCGCCUCGUCUGCACCUGCGCCGUGCGCAACUGCCUCGAGUGCAAGGAGCGCACGCGCUACAACGUGGGCGCCCUGGCGCGCGAUGUGCCCGGCGCAGCGCAUCUGCAGGCGCUCAUACGCGGCGCGCAGGCAUCGCCCAAGAACAUUGUGGAGUCAAUCACCGGUCAAUUAUCCCCCGUCAAGGAUCCUGAGAAGUUGCUCCAGGACAUGGACGUCAAUCGCCUAAGGGCCGUCAUCUAUCGCGAUGUGGAGGAAACGAAACAAGCGCAAUUCCUAUCGCUGGCCAUCGUUUAUUUCAUUUCGGUGCUGAUGGUAUCCAAAUAUCGGGACAUUUUGGAACCACCCGCAGAGCCUCAGAUUCAACGUCAAUCCCCGGUGCUGCAGCGCACCGCGGGCAGCGAAGCCGCCAGCGCGCGUCCCUUGUUCCCGCAAUGGUCGCACCACGUCUAUCCGCAAUUUCUGCCAGAGUCGCAUCAGAAUCACGUGAGCAACGUCUCAAUGCAGCAGCAGCAGCAGCAGCAGCAACACUAUUAUCAACAUCAGCAACACAAUCACAGCCAUCAUCAUAUGACCGCUGCCUACUAUCAACAUCAGCAGCAGCAGCAGCAGCAGCAGCAACAGCAGCAGCAGCACUUGGGCAAUAUAUCACCGCCUCCUCCGCUGGGCGGCACACACUCGACGAGCUCCUCAGCCAGCUCAACGGCCACGUCGCAGCCAGCGUCCAGCUCGUCGCUGUCCUCGCUGGCCUCGCAGAGCCAGCAGCAGGUGCCGGUCGCAGCAACAUUGCAACAUCGUCAGCAGCUGCACAAGCAGCAGCAACAUUUCCAUGCCCAUCAGCCGCACUAUGCGCUGAUCAAUGGCCACCAGCAACAGCAGCAGCAACAGCAACAGCAGCAACAGCAGCAGCAACAGCAGCAGCAACUGCUUAAUGGCAAGCACAACCACUAUGGCGGCCAGGUGGAGAAUGGCACCACUGUGGGCGGUGGCUAUCAUGCGCAUCCGCAUGCCUAUAUGCGUGGCAUGCAGCUGAAUGGGGAGCAGCAGCAACAGCAGCAACAGCAACAGCAGCAACAGCAACAGCAGCAGCAGAAUGGCCUGGCCGCUGUGGAGCAUCACCAUGCUGUUGGUGUUGGUGGAGCGCUGCUCAAUGGGCAUGCCAGCGGCAAUGGCAAUGGCAAUGGCAAUGGCAACGGCAAUAACAGCAACAACAGCAACAAUUUGCGCAACAACUUGCGCAAUGGCGGAGCAGCAACAGCUGCUGCUGCUACUGCUGCUGCCGCUGGCGGCAACAUGGGCAUGGGCAUGGGCAUGGGCAUGGGCAUGGGUAUGGGUAUGAAUAUGAGCAUGGGCGUGGGAGUGGGCGUGGGCGUAGGCAUGAACAUGAAUAUGAACAUGAGCGGCUUGGGAUUAAGCGAUGGCGGCAGUGGCGGCGGCGUUGGCGUCGGCGUCGUCGGCGGCGGCGGCGGCGCUGCAUACAAAACGAAUGCCAUCAAUAACAAUUAUCGCUACAAUGGACGCAACGCAAACGUAGCUGGCACCGGAACAGGCGGCCGUCAGAUUCAGGACAGCGACUACGAAAUUAUCGUCGUCGAUGAGAACAAUCCGUCGGUGCUCGCUGACAACGACUCGCACUCGAGCGGACCGCCCUCCAUAAAGAGCGUGGACUCGGAUGUGGUGUCGCUGAACAUGAACUCGACGGAGAACGAGGUGCCCGAGGUGGAGUCCUCCAGCGAUAUUCUGGCCGACGAUCACAAGCCGAGCAACUCGAACGACGAGAGCUGGACCGAUGUGAAUCUGAAUGAGGACGCCGCCGUGCAGGCGGCAGCCAGUGCAGGACUCGUUGUCGGCCUGGUGGAUGCUAGCGACAGCGGCAAGCAUGACCAGCACCAGCAGCAGCAGCAGCAGCAGCAGCAACAGCAGCAACAGCAACAACAGCAACAGCAGCAGCAACAGGGUGUCUCACGACUGGGCAUGGUCGUGGGCAGUGAGCGCGGCGAUAAGCCCGAUUCGGAGAUAUCGGUGGUGCGUGUGCCGGACGGCUAUGGUGUGGGUGGUGCUGGCAUUGCCGCUGGCGGUGCUGGUAGUGCGAACACCGUGCCUGGCGCACAGCAGCCGCAGCAGCAGCAGCGCACGCGACCCGAUGAGCUGCCCAUGAAGCCGCCGGCGCUGGUUGCCCAGCUGCCGCUGACGACGCCGUCGCGCGAGGCGAGCCUCACGCAGAAGCUGGAGAUAGCGCUGGGUCCAGUGUGUCCGCUGCUGCGCGAAAUCAUGGUGGACUUUGCGCCGUUCCUCUCCAAGACGCUGGUCGGCUCGCACGGUCAGGAGCUGCUGAUGGAGGGCAAGGGUCUGACCACGUUCAAGAACUCGCACUCCGUCGUCGAGCUGGUCAUGCUGCUCUGCUCGCAGGAGUGGCAGAACAGCCUGCAGAAGCACGCCGGCCUCGCCUUCAUUGAGCUGAUCAACGAGGGCCGGCUGCUCUCGCACGCCAUGAAGGAUCACAUUGUGCGCGUGGCCAACGAGGCUGAGUUCAUACUGAACCGCAUGCGCGCCGACGAUGUGCUCAAGCACGCCGACUUCGAGUCGCAGUGCGCCCAGACGCUGCUCGAGCGGCGCGAGGAGGAGCGCAUGUGCGACCACCUGAUCACAGCCGCACGCCGGCGCGACAAUGUCAUCGCCAGCCGACUCCUAGAGAAGGUGCGCAACAUAAUGUGCAAUCGGCAUGGCGCCUGGGGCGAUGCCAACGGCAUUGGCUCCAUCACCAGCUCGCUGACGGCGACCGUGGGCCCGCUGGCGAAGACCACCUACUGGAAGCUGGACGCCUGGGAGGACGACGCACGUCGCCGCAAGCGCAUGGUGCAGAAUCCGCGCGGCUCUUCGCAUCCGCAGGCCACGCUGAAGGCGGCGCUGGAGAACGGCGCACCGGAGGACGCCAUCCUGCAGACGCGGGACGAGUUCCACACACAGAUUGCGGUGUCCCGGGCGCACCCCUCGUCGCAGCACAACAGCGAGCUGCUGGACGACGCCGAGCUGCUCAUCGAGGAUCGUGAACUCGAUCUGGAUCUAACCGGGCCCGUCAACAUCAGCACCAAGGCGCGCCUGAUAGCACCGGGCCUGGUAGCGCCCGGCACCGUCUCGAUCACCAGCACCGAGAUGUUCUUUGAGGUGGACGAGGAUCACCCGGAGUUCCACAAGAUCGACGCCGAGGUGCUCAAGUACUGUGACCAUCUCCAUGGCAAGUGGUACUUCUCCGAGGUGCGGGCCAUCUUCUCGCGCCGCUACCUGCUGCAGAACGUGGCCCUGGAGAUCUUCUUGGCCAGCCGCACCUCCAUCCUGUUCGCCUUUCCCGACCAGCACACCGUCAAGAAGGUGAUCAAGGCGCUGCCACGCGUCGGCGUGGGCAUCAAGUACGGCAUACCGCAGACUCGGCGCGCCUCGAUGAUGUCGCCGCGCCAGCUGAUGCGCAACUCGAACAUGACACAGAAAUGGCAGCGACGCGAGAUCUCCAACUUUGAGUACUUGAUGUUCCUCAACACGAUCGCCGGCCGCACGUACAACGAUCUGAACCAGUACCCGAUCUUUCCCUGGGUGCUCACCAACUACGACUCCAAGGAUCUAGACCUCAGCCUGCCCUCCAACUACCGGGAUCUGUCGAAGCCAAUUGGCGCACUGAAUCCGUCGCGUCGCGCCUACUUCGAGGAGCGCUACGAGAGCUGGGACAGCGAUACGAUUCCGCCUUUCCACUACGGCACGCACUACUCGACCGCCGCAUUCACUCUCAACUGGCUGGUGCGCGUGGAGCCAUUCACGUCCAUGUUCCUGGCACUGCAGGGCGGCAAAUUCGACUAUCCGGAUCGAUUGUUCUCGUCCGUUUCGCUCAGCUGGAAGAACUGCCAGCGCGAUACGUCCGAUGUGAAGGAGCUGAUACCCGAAUGGUAUUUCUUGCCGGAGAUGUUCUACAAUGCGUCCGGCUAUCGGCUGGGACAUCGUGAGGAUGGCGCCCUGGUGGACGAUAUCGAGCUACCCCCAUGGGCCAAGACCCCCGAGGAGUUUGUGCGCAUCAAUCGCAUGGCUCUCGAAUCGGAGUUCGUGUCCUGCCAGCUGCACCAGUGGAUCGAUCUGAUAUUCGGCUACAAGCAGCGUGGACCCGAGGCGAUCCGGGCCACCAACGUGUUCUACUAUCUCACCUAUGAGGGCAGCGUCGAUCUGGACGGCGUGCUCGAUCCGGUGAUGCGCGAGGCAGUCGAGAAUCAAAUACGCAACUUUGGCCAAACGCCCAGCCAGCUGCUGAUGGAGCCGCAUCCACCGCGCAGCUCGGCCAUGCACCUGUCGCCCAUGAUGUUCAGUGCCAUGCCCGAGGAUCUGUGCCAGAUGCUCAAGUUCUAUCAAAAUUCGCCCAUCAUACACAUCUCGGCCAACACGUAUCCGCAGCUAUCGCUGCCGUCCGUCGUCACGGUGACCGCUGGCCAUCAGUUUGCGGUGAAUCGCUGGAACUGCAACUACACCGCAUCCGUCCAGAGUCCAAGCUAUGCUGAGUCGCCGCAAUCGCCGGGCUCCAAUCAGCCGCUGACCAUUGAUCCAGUGCUGACUGUGCAUGGCACCAACAACAAUAGCCAUGCGGUGAGCCGUCGCCAUUUGGGCGACAACUUCAGCCAAAUGCUAAAGAUUCGCUCGAACUGCUUUGUGACCACCGUGGACAGUCGCUUUCUCAUUGCCUGCGGCUUCUGGGACAACAGUUUUCGAGUGUUUGCAACUGAGACAGCGAAAAUCGUGCAAAUCGUCUUUGGGCACUUCGGCGUCGUCACGUGCAUGGCCCGUAGCGAGUGCAAUAUUACGUCGGACUGCUACAUAGCGUCCGGCUCGGCGGACUGCACCGUGCUGCUCUGGCACUGGAAUGCCCGUACCCAGAGCAUUGUCGGCGAGGGAGACGUGCCCACGCCCCGUGCCACGCUCACGGGUCACGAGCAGGCAGUCACCUCGGUGGUCAUCAGCGCUGAGCUCGGACUGGUUGUGUCGGGCUCAACGAACGGUCCCGUUUUGAUACACACAACCUUUGGUGACUUGUUGCGCUCGCUGGACCCGCCCGUCGACUUCCACUCGCCGGAGCUGAUAACCAUGUCGCGCGAGGGCUUCAUAGUCAUCAACUAUGACAAGGGCAACGUCGCGGCCUACACCAUCAAUGGCAAGAAGCUGCGCCACGAGACACACAACGACAAUCUGCAGUGCAUGCUGCUCUCGCGCGAUGGCGAGUAUCUGAUGACAGCCGGAGAUCGCGGCAUUGUCGAGGUGUGGCGCACCUUCAACCUGGCACCGCUCUAUGCCUUCCCCGCCUGCAAUGCGGGCAUACGCUCGCUGGCCCUCACUCAUGAUCAGAAAUAUUUGCUCGCUGGCCUGUCAACUGGUUCCAUCAUUGUGUUCCACAUUGACUUCAAUCGCUGGCAUCAUGAGUAUCAGCAGCGCUACUAAGCCACGCCCACACAGCCCCUCAGACCCACAAGAACAGCUGAAUCAAAAGGAAAUAGAAAUGGAUAUGGAAAUGGAAAUGAAAAUGAAAAUGGAGAGAGCAAGCGUGCUUGGGCAGGCAAGUGAAGUCUGGGUGGAAAGAGAACGCAACGAUGUAUUUACGUGCAGAAAGAGAGAGGAGAUACGAGUAUUUGUUUGUUUGUUUGUAUUUUGAUUUUCGGUUUUCGAUCGAUAGACAUUUACAAUUCUAGGCUAGUAAGCAAACGAAACUAUAUAUUUUUUUUGUCUAGUAUUACUUAACGUAUAGCAUAUAUUACCUAGUAUGUUGGUGUGAGCCAGUCAAAAACACAUUUUUUUACUAGUUAUACGGCGUCUAGUUGAUUAAGUUACAGCAAUGACACAAGCGGAUGGCUAACACAAAAACACAACAAAAAUAUUGAGAAAACACAACAAGCAAUCGGCUUAAGUUGAGUAGUUUUAAUAAGUAUGACAAAAAUCUAUAAAAAAAAGAAAUACAAAAAAAAAAAAAAUAUUAAUAAUAUAAAAUGACAAGUUAGUGUUUAUAAAACGCAAUAAGCAGUUAAGAAAACUUAAAAAAAAAAUAAAGAAAUAAAUAAAUUUAAAAAAUAAAUUACUGAAAAAUUGAAAUAAUAACAACAAUAACGAUAAUGUAGCAAAAGUUCUCACAAAAAAUGAAUAGACACAAAAUCAAAGCAAGAGGAACGCUCGAAAGUGAAACGAACCGAAAGGAAAUGAAAUGAAACGAGACGAGGUGAAGUGUGAAACAAGUAAAAAUGAAACAACAUGAAAACUAACAAACGAAGAAACCAAGUGGCCAAAUGUAUGAACCAGACAAAAGAGAGAUCGAAAGAGAGAGAGAGAGAGAAGAAGCGAACAACAGUAGCGAGAAGCCAAUUUUUUAAAUACUUAUACAUAUACACACAUAUAUAUAUAUAAAUAUAUAUAUAUAUAUAUAUAUUUACAUACAUACAUGAAAUGCUUCAACAAACAUGCUUGAGCUAGUGACGUCACAACUGGCACUGCGAACGAAGUCACAAGAGAUACUGCUGAUAGAGGACAAAUGCCUAGGCAAUAGAUGCGAAGCGAGAAGCGGGCAAGAAGUUCGCGAUAUUUUAGUAAUACAAAAUCGAAAACGCAAAAUCAACUAGUUCAAGAUUAAAACUAACUCAAAAUGAUAAACUCAAGCUAAAGAAAGAAAGAAAAAGAAAAAGAAACACAACUAAACAUUUAUCAACACUGCUAAAAGCUAAUUAUAAAUACUUAACAAAAUACAAAUAUUGAAUACGCAACUUAGCUGAACUGGCCAAGGAUAAAACAAAAAGAUUACGCAUACGCCACGUAGCCACAGCACAUAAAACACACACACACACACAAAUGAGAAACCCUUGAAAUUGUUUCAUUCUCCUUUUUGCCAUUUUACAACACUUUUUAUUGCGUCCAAGCGAGCUAUGUAUUUUGUUUGCUUAAAGAAAACAGAAGAAAACCAACCUUAACCUUCCUUGAAACCUUCAACACAUUCGUCCAACUUAUAUAUAUAUUUAUAUAUAAAUAUGAUUCUUGAUUAGCUUUUAUUAUUCAUACAUAUACAUAUAUACAUUAUCUUAUGUAUAUGAAAUGCUUAUGGUUGUCUGAAAGACACGCAACGCCCAGCUCGAAACUGGCAACUGGAGAUCCAAAUUGAAAUGAGCUACAGCCUACACUGAGACAAAUUUCCAGUUACAUUUUUAGUCCCGAUUCGUUGCAAUUAUAUAUAUUUUUUCUUUCAACAAAAAAAUAAAUUAAUUAAAAAAAAAAAAAGAAAAUCCAUCCAAGUCGACAUUUGCACUUAAAAAAGAUAUUUAGAUUUGUACAUACAUCUAGUUACACACAUACAUAUAUGCAUAUGCAUGCAUACAUACAAAUAUAUGAUAUGAUAUGAUAUGAUAUGGUAAAUACAUGAGCGAGCUCUGUGUAGACAGCUAAAUGAACAUUCGGUUGUAAUAAUGGCCCCGCCCUCCGCCCUCCGCUAACCUCCCCACUUCCCUCACCCAGCACGCUCGAAACGGCCACAAUCAAAGUAUAAAAAUUAAAAUAAAAAAUAUAUAUAUUACAAAAUAAACUAAAAAAUUAUAUAAAAAAAAAAA